GUAAUUUCUUUUUAAAUUUCCCUCCUCCGCCAGAUGGAGCAGUCAUACUCAAAUAGGCAUUAGGCGCGCUUAUUUUAUUGUAGUGUUAGCCAUAACAGUUAACCUUCAUGAUUCGUCUAUAUGUUGUAUAUAAAACUUAUUCGAUAUGAGCGUGUCCGGCAAAAUUCUUCAUAAAAAGAUCGAAUAUUUAAGACCAGAUCUGUCAACUAGCAUAACACCUGACAUUUUCGAUAAAAUAUGCGAUAUUUCGACGGCGCAACCUUUUCUAGAAUGGUUUUGCGAUAAUGUCAGUCGUGCUAAUGUAUUGUCCAAAGAAGAAUUAUAUCUAAAAAACAAAUUACAAGAUACGGAGGAAUGGUUAAGUGGAAAAGAAUUAGAUGGAGCACUCGAAGAAUUUACUCGUGAUAAUCCGGAAUUGUUGAAAUUGAUUGAUUUCGAAAAUGAGGACAUCGAUGAAACGUUUUCUAUAUUUGAAUCGUUAAAAGAUCUUUACAAAAUGGACAAAGACUAUAUAGAAUUAUUAAAAAAUAAUAUAUUGAAUUUAAAGGAAUUGGAAUUUACAUUGGAAGAUGAGAUAGAACAGGAAGAGAAUCAUUUUGAAAAGGAACAAAUUGAACUGCUUAAAGCAUUUAACGAUUGUAAUGUUAUUUUGGAAAAAUUUGAUGAACAAAAUCGUAACUUCUUCAGAGAAACGGAACAGCUUCUUAAUGUAUAUACAGAUGCGAUUGAAAAUAAAGGAAUACCGAUAUUGUGGAUACAAAUGUCCAUAGAUUUAUUUAUCAAACAGAUCAAGCUUUACAAUGAUUAUUUAGAUAUUCUAAUUAAGCGGCAAUUCAGUUUGGAUAAUCGGGAGAUUGAACAGCAACAUGAUUCGGAUUUUGAGACAUUUAUGAAUGACAGCAAAGAAAAGCAAAUCUAUAAACAGACGCAGGAAUUGGCAUCAUGCAAAUUAAAGCUUACUAAUUCGACGUUAAGAGAAGUCUAUGCUAAAAUGCACGAAGCCUCUUGCAGAGCUAUGUUGGAAUAUGCCCAGUUCAUAUGGAACGAUGGAAAUCUAAAAAUACCUGAGCAAACGCAUUUACUAGACGAGAUUUUGGACCUGACGAGAAGAAGAAAUUUUUUGGAAGAGAACAUUACUCUUUUAAGAGAACGACAACUUACCGAAGCUGUCGAACAAUACGUAGAAACUGAAAUAAUCCAAAUUUUGCGACAAGCUACACGUGCAAGAUUGAAGCGAAGAAAAAUUCGAUUCGGAAAACUAAAAUCUCUUUUAUCUUUUACACGUGAACACGGUCAUGCACAUUCAGAUCUAUUAUGUAUAUUAAUGGAUAUGCAAUUUCAUUCGCUUAAAGAAAUAUCCGAGUUUAUCGGUGACGCUCGUCAUUACCUUGCUACAGAAUAUUCACUUUCUUCGACGCGCUGCGAAACUAUGCAACAACAGCAGGAAGAAUAUGAUGCACUUCAAUCAUCUGUUAUCAAUCAAAAUAUCUUCAAUGAGUUAUUUAUAUCAAUGGUAUCGAUCGACGACGUUUCGCCAGAUGCAUUAAAUCAUGCACUGGUCAAAUAUAAUGAUCUAAUAGGAAAUAAUAAAGAAAAGAAGCAAGCUAUACUCGAUACUUAUAUGAACGACCAAAUCAAUAGAAUAUUGUUAUUGGAAAAGGAAAUAUCGAGUAGUUAUGAUAAAGAAAUGAAUAAUGGAAUUACAAGAAGCUUCAUACCACUUUCGUACGAUUUGAAUGUGCAAUAUGAGAAUACAUCCAAUCAAUUAGAAAACAUUAAAACAAAUUUAACGACAGUAAGAAAUGUAUUGAAAGAAAAAAUGAGAAAUAAUAAUCCUUUGAAAAGAGAAAAAGAAAUUUUAUGGCAAAGAUUUUUGGCUGAUCCAGAUACAUUAAAGAAACAUUACGAAGAAACGAAGCGAAUGGCAGAUCGAUCCCAUUUUGGAAGGGAUAGUUGAAUAAAAGACAAUAGGUAUAAUAAGUUGAGAAGAUUCUCUUAACAUUAUAAUUUUUAUUACAAUAAAUAAAUAUAUAUAUAUAUAUAUAUAUAUAUACAUAUACACAUUUGUUUAACAAACAAUGGAAGGAUCAAACAUAAAGAAAAGCAAUAUAAUAAGAAUAGGGAACGUAUAAUGGAUAUUAUAAAAUAUACCAUUGAUUCACAUUUAUAUUUGCUUUCUUCUUUUCUUUAAAAAAGAAAAAAAAAAUAAAUAAAUAAAUAAAUAAAAAACAAAGGAAAUCAUUUAGCAGGAAACGUCGAAAGGUCUAAAAUGUUAUCCCUUCUACUUUAUCUCUCUUUCUCUCUUACAUAUACAUGCACACACAAACAACAUAUAUAAAUAUGCAGAUAAAAGACAUCACCCAUAGCUGGAUGAAAUUGUCUCUUUUAUGUGUGAGAUCGGUUAACGGUGACGCCAGAAGGCUCAACGUUUUUUCAGUAUGAGUGGGGGAUGUUGAGAAAGCAUGGUGGGAGAUGUUGAAACAGACUGGUGGGGAUGUAAAUAGAAUGAUGAGAGAGAGAGAGAGAAAGUAAAGUUACGUGGAACUGGGACGUGGCGAGAGAAGAGGGUAUUAUCGAUUCGCCGGGGCUCGCGAGUUAACGGUUUGUUUACAAGACAGUGGAGGGGAAUAUAUGCGCGCAUGCGCUACGUGGCCAAAACAAUAAUAACAUAGUAGUAAAGAAGGUUCAUGGCUGAUGGACGAACGUGUGUGAUCAUCGUCCCGUUCCACAAGUAUAUAACAAACGACAGAGUUUGAUCUUCUUCUUUGUGUGUUCUCCUGUGUUUCUCUUUCUCUCUCUCUCUCUCUCUCUCUCUCUCUCUCUCUCCCUCCCUCCCUCCC